GUUUUUACGAAACAUUUGCCAAUUUGGAUGCGUGUCACUGCCAAUUUGACCGAUUUCAAAAUUUUGGUUGCAUGACGGUGGGCGUGCUGUUUGUGUGCUUGGGCAACAUUUGCCGCAGCCCUGCGGCGGAAGGGGUAUUCAAAGCCAUCGUGCACAAGACUCACGACACACCCGGGGACUUUCGCAUUGACUCGUGUGGCACGGGCGGCGGUAGUUCAAACUGGUAUAAGCCCAAUGGGUCGUCGUACCACCAAGGCGAAAGCUCGGACGGCCGCAUGAAGAAAGAGGCCAAGAAGCGAGGGUACCACCUGACGAGUCGAUCGCGUCCGCUGGUGCCUGACGAUCUGCGUACGUUCGACCAUAUCAUUUGCAUGGACGGCAACAACGUUCGUGCUGUCAUGGAGGCAGCAAAGUUCUGGGGUCCAGAGUUUACUGCCCUCGCCAACACCAAGGUGUCGAAAAUGACAACGUACUGUGUCGCAAACACCACAGCCACCCACGUUCCGGAUCCGUGGUACGAAGGUGGGUUCGACAGCGUCCUCGACCUCCUUGAAGACGCUUGCCACGGCUUGUACGCUGCUCUAUCGGACUCGGCUUCAAAGCAAGCCAACAACACUGCAGAAAUUGGGUUCCACUCGUAGUAUUACAUUAACCAGGUGCCAUCGCUUAACACCGUCGUUUUGUCCAUGUAAUGGAGCUUGCCCACGUCAAAUCCUUUCGUUUGUUGGUUUAUUCCCAGCUGGAGGCAGCAGGGGCAGGGGUGGACGCAUCCCAGCCACCAGCGGCGGCAUCAGCGCCCCAUUCACCGCCGGGAGUGCUCCAUUCCUGGGCAGGUUCCGGGGUGUACAAGUUGGGUUGCUCUUGCGCGGUUUCCGCGGCAACGGCUUCGUUGGACCAGCCGGCACGGGCGGUUUCGUCCGAGGCACCGACAGCUUCUUCGGCCUUGGCCAACUCCUCGGGGUCGCGGUAGAAGAAGAGAUCGACGGCAAUUUCCCAAGGAAGGGCGCGCGAGAUCGUGCCACGGAGACGGAGCACUUCACGAGCCAACAACCAGUACAACAGACCGAUCGAGAGCUUGCCCUUGUUGUUGGCAGGGAUGGCCACGUCGACGUAACGCAACGGCGAGUCCGAGUCAACAAAGGCGAUCACGGGCACGUUGACAUAGGCGGAUUCACGCACGGGCUGCGAGUCGGUGCGGGUGUCCGUGAUGAUCAACAAGCGGGGUUCGCGGAACUGCUUGGUGAUUUGGUUGGUGAACGUACCAGGGGUGAAGCGGCCGGCAAUGGCUUGGGCGCCGGUGUAUUGGGCGAACUUCAACACGGCGCGUUGACCGUACGGGCGGGCCGAGAUGGCAAUGACGUCCGCGGGGUUUUCCACGGCCACGAUCACCUUGGCGGCCAACAUGAGCUUUUCCCAGGUUUGGCCCACGUUGAUGAUGUGGAUGCCGUCGUUGCGGCGGCGCCAGAUGUAGUCACCCAUUUGGCUGUCGGCGUUGCGCGUACCGAUGUGCACCAUGGCGGCGAGCAUCUUUUGGAUGUCUUCUUCACGUUGGGUCAACACCAUCUUGCUGUUGGGGGGUUUGAACUAAAGCGAUGAAAAGGAUUAGUGCACCCGACUCUCGCUCGUGUCGGCCAACGCGCCAGCCAACCAAAGGCAGUGGCCAAUUAGGUUC